AUGAUUUUUACUCGGCAAGGAAUACCAAAAAUAAUGAAAAUAGCCAAAAGUAUAAGGCCUCUGUCUAGUGGAAGUCUUUCUAAUCUCAGUGUUGACAAUGAAGGUGUAGCGAUUCUUACUUUAAAUCGACCCCCAGUCAAUAGCCUUAAUUUAGAACUAUUACAAGAAAUUGAUAAAAUAUUAGAUGAAGCAGCCCAAAAUAAAUUUAAAGCAUUGAUAUUCACAUCUGCUACACCUACAGUAUUUACUGCUGGUCUAGAUUUAAUGGAGAUGAACAAGCCAGAUCUUAAGAGAGCAGCUUUGUUUUGGUCAACGUUCCAAGAAGUUUGGCUAAAGAUCUUUGAAUCUUCAUUUAUUACUGCAGCCGCCAUAACUGGUCAAGCACCAGCAGGCGGUUGCAUAAUAGCUACAUCAUGCGAAUACCGUACCAUGGUGAGCGGUAAAUACAAGAUAGGCUUGAACGAGACGACCCUUGGAGUCAGCCCCCCAAUAUGGAUUAUAGAUGCCUUACGUAGCACUAUAUCACCGCGGCAGGCAGAAAUAGCGCUCACUACUGGCAAAAUGUUUACUGUUGAAGAGGCUUUCGAGUUAGGACUCAUCGACGAAGUUGCCAUAGAUAAAGAAGAUGCAAUUAAUAAAUGUAAACAAUUCAUAAAGAGGUUCGAUAACAUUUCUCCACUGGCCAGAUCGAUCACAAAAAAAAAGUUACGCACGAAAACCACAGAGUGGCUGAAAGCUAACCGCCAAGCAGAUGUUAAUGAUAGUGUAAAAUUAAUCAGUCGACAAGACUUCCAAAAAAAGUUGGAAAUUUAUAUUCAGUCUUUGAAACAGAGAGAACAAUUAAAUUCCAUCUGGUAG